UGUGUCUGAGCGGCAGUCGGAACGAGGAAGCCCAGCGAGAGAGUAGAGGUGAUCUGUCACUCGUCAGUCCGGGAUAACACCACCAUGAUGGGUUGACUCUCUGUGGGGGGGGCGGAGGGAGGGAGGCGGUCGGAGAGAGGAAGUGUGUGUGCGCGUGCGUGUGUGUGUGAGUGUGUGCGUGUGAGCGUUCCACGCCACCACCACCGCCGCCGCCACGCGCUCAGCCAUGGAGACCAACAAAGUUCUUCAUUUUGUGCCGUUGGAGGCGCCUCCCUCUGGCAUGUCCAAGAAUGGAUACUUCUUUCAAGAAAUGGAGCAGAGGGAGGUGGAGCAGGACGAGGACCACGACGGGCCCGAGGAGGGGCAGGACUCUCCCAUUGCAUGCGAGGAUGACAUCCACCUCUACGACAACCAGAUCAGCCCGGGACCAGAAAGCGAUGACUCAGGCUGCGUGCUGCUCAACACAUCCAGGAAGUAUGUGAAGUUGAUGAACUUCGAGGAGGAGAUCCGUGCUCACCGCGACCUGGAUGGCUUCCUGGCCAGGGCAAGCAUCCUGUUGGAUGAGACGGCGGCGUCCCUGGACGACGUCUUAAAGAGGAUGCUGCACCACAUGGGUCAGGACAGCAACGCCCCUGAGCCCAGCUGCAACUUCGAGGAGGUGAUGAGUUUGCUUUUCACCGACGCGGGCGCUCAGGAAGUCAACGCAGACACGUCUCAGAGUUUUGUUUUCUUUGAUGACGUCCACCUGCUAUCAGAGACCAUCCAGGGGGUGACGGCCACCGACACGGGGGUCCAUUACCAGCAGUCCUGGCUCUGCAUCCUCUGCAACGUGAAGAACCUGCAGAGGCGUCACGUGUGCAUCUCCCGCCUGGAGAGGCCGCAGAACUGGGGGGAGAACUGCUGCGAGGUCCGCUACGUCAUCCUUGUCCUGGCGCCGCUCAAAAUGAAAAGCACCAAGACGGCGAUGGAGCUCGGCCGGACCUUCGCCACGCUCUUCUCGGACAUCUCCUUCCGGCAGAAGCUGCUGGAGACCAAGACGCAGGAGGAGUUCAAGGAGGCGUUGGUGUUCCAGCGUCACCAGCUGACCGCCGCCAACCAGCAGCCCACCGCCCUGGGGAAGGAGGAGACGGACCCCCGCAGUCACAAGCCCCUCAAGUGUAAAGACUUCUUGAGAGCGGGCCGGGGGAUUUACGAGGACCUGUGCCGCAGACUGCCUCUCUACGCCUCUGACUUCACAGAUGGUAUUGUCGGCAAUAACAAGACCCUGCUGAAGUACAUGACCACCGCCAUCUUUCUCUACAUCGCAAUCCUGCUGCCCGCCAUCGCUUUUGGGUCCCUCAACGACGAGAGCACGCGUGGCGAGAUUGACGUGCGGAAGACCAUCAUCGGCCAGAGCAUCGGCGGCGUCAUCUACUCCUUGUUUGCUGGUUCUCCUCUGGUCAUCCCCCUGACCACGGCCCCCCUCGCCAUCUUCAUCAGCGUGAUCCGAGGAAUCUGCGACGACUACAACCUGGACUUCCCGGCCUUCUACGCCUGCAUCGGCUUAUGGAACUGCUUCUUCCUCAUCCUGGGAGGAGUCUUCAACGUCAGCCUGGUCAUGAAGCUCUUUAAAAGGUCAACAGAGGAGGUGAUUGCUCUCUUCAUCUCCAUCGCCUUUGUGGUGGACGCCGUCAAGGGAACCGUCAAAAUCUUCCAGAGGUACUACCACCCGCCGACGCUAGCCAACGCCAGCACGGGGGAGUUGCGGCCCGUGGCGGAUCUGCUGGAGAGCAACAAAAGCGUGGUGGCCACGGGGACCACGGCGUCCUCGCUGCUGCACGUCCUGCCCGAGACGCUGAUCCACUGCACGCGAGAAAGACCCGUCCUCUGUCUGCUGCUCAUGAUGGGCACCUUGUGGAUGGGGUACACACUCUACCAGUUUAAGAGGAGUCCGUUCCUGCACGCCAAAGUGAGGGAGGUGUUGUCCGACUGCGCCCUGCCCAUCUCAGUGCUGCUCUUCUCCUUCAUCGGGUCGUACCUGUUCAGCGACAUUGAGCUUCCAGUCUUCAAAGUUCACGAUCGGCCCAUCUUCAACGUGGCUCCCUUCGAGCGCCUGUCGGCCAUGAACGUGCUCAGCGCCAUGGGCCUGGGCUUCCUCCUGGCCCUCCUCAUCUUCAUCGACCAGAACAUCGUGGUGUCGCUGACCAACGCUCCAGAGAACAGGCUCCUGAAGGGCACGGCGUACCACUGGGACCUGAUGCUGUCGGGCCUCAUCAACAUCCUGAUGUCGGUGCUGGGGCUGCCCUGGAUGCACGCCGCCUUCCCGCACUCCACGCUGCACGUGCGCCAGCUGGCCUUCGUGGAGCAGCGUGUGGAGGGAGGACACCUCUACGAGACUAUCGUGCAGGUGAAGGAGACGCGUCUGACCUCGCUGGCCGCCAACAUCUUCAUCGGAGUGUCGGUGCUGCUGCUGCCCGUCCCGCUGCAGUGGAUCCCCAAACCCGUCCUGUACGGCCUCUUCCUCUACAUCGCGCUCACCUCCAUCGAUGGCAACCAGAUGUGUGACCGCAUGGCCCUCCUUCUCAAGGAGCAGACGUCUUACCCGCCCACCCACUACAUCCGCAAAGUGCCCCAGAGGAAGAUCCACUACUUCACCUUCCUGCAGAUGAUGCAGUUGCUGGUGCUGUGCACUUUUGGCAUGUACCCCAUCCCCUACAUGAAGAUGAUCUUCCCUCUGGUCAUGAUCCUGCUCAUCCCCAUCAGGAACAGCGUGCUUCCUCGCAUCAUUGAGGCCAAAUACUUGGACAUCAUGGAUGCCCAGCACAUGUAGCUACAGAAGAAAGGAGCGCCGCAUGCAGUACAGACAUUCGGAAUCCAAGAAGGGCAAAGAAAAAAGAUAUUUUUCAAUGCAAAUACUGUGCAGUCAUCAAGGAACUUGGAAAAAAAAUAACAAAGCAACCAUUUUUGUAUUAGAACAUUCCGCUGGGGAAGCAGAACACUGCACCAGAGGAAAGACUAAAGAGGAGUGGAUGGACAGAAUCUCCACGGGACGUCCAACGGACAGCCCCUCCCCUCCAAUGCAGUGUGUCCAUGUCUGUGUGCUAGCUCGUGGCUAAGUCCUUGAACUACUCGCUAACGCCGUGUAAGUACGAGCUCUGCCAACGCGGUGGAAUGGCGGUGUGUCACAUGACGUCGUGUCACGUGACACCGCACCAUUCACCGUGGGACGCUUUAGUCACGUGACGUACUUACACCGUGUUGGUUCGUUGUUAACUACGUCUCCAUGGAGUACGACUGGACUUUUUUUUUUCUAUGUUCUUCUCACUGUGCUCUUUAACAUUCCUUGAAGGACGCGCGUCUUUUCUUUCCAUUCCAGACAUUUCUCCUGCUUUCUGUCAAAAGACCAUUUUAUUGGGAAGAAAGCAUUCAAAGCGUUCCAACACUGUCUGCAACAGGGCUGCGCCAUUUUAGGUCCUCCGCAUAUUCUAAUAAUACAUCGAUUAUGAACUUGUUCGAUCCCAGCCAUCUUUCAGAGCACUGGCCGUUUUAGGAGAUGUUGACUGUGACUUGUAUGGCUAUGGAAACAUGGAACCAACCAAAAGAACGAUUCCAUUCUUUAGUAAUCAGCAGGAGAACAUAGGUAAGUUUCAGGAAAAUAUCUGUUUCCGACUCAAAGGAGAAAAACAGCUUUUUGUGAAAAGAUGCAUUUCAAGCCUAACUUUCACUUUGACACCGAUGUUUUCCUUUUGUGACAUCUAAAUGUCAAAUAUCAAAAUCAAAUAUCUAAACAACUACAACGCAACAUAAUACAAAAAACGGUUUCACAUCAGAAUCGUUUAUUUACAAAUAUGACACAUUUGGAAUUAACGGUGUGCACGUUUUUUUUGUAUUUUAUAAUAUUUUAUGUUCAUUCAUCCACUCAAAGCUUUGUCACAUUCCAAAAAAUGCCCAACAUUUUCCCAAAAUUCCACAAUAUUCACACCAAAAAUUCCCAUGGACGCACCACACCAUACCAACUUUAUUUAGAAAACACUUUAAGCUAAGCUAAAGCUAAGUGCUGAAAAGUAAUAUCAAAUAUAGUUACCAAUCACGACAAAAAACACUUGCAUACAGUAGUCCUUCUUUAUCCCAUGGUAUACAGUGAUCCCUCCUUUAUCGCAAUGGUAUACUACAGUAGUCCCUCCUUUAUCACAGUGGUAUACAGUAAUCCCUCCUUUAUCGCGGUGGAUUUGUUUUCAGGACCUCCUGUAGUUACAGCGAUAUUAUACACAGAAAGCUUUUCUUCACCAGAGUUCCAUCUGCGGGAUCUAGUGAGCCACUGAUCCCACAUGACCCCGAUGUCCAUGGGAAUAUCCAUGGAAAUUUUUGGUGUGAAUAUUGUGGAAUUUUGGGAAAAUCUGGCAUUUUUGGGAAUGUGACAAAAGCUUUGAGUGAAUGAAUGAGACAGCUGGGGUAGGCUCCAGCAUAGCCGUGCCCGGAUUGGAUUGAGCACCAAUAACCCUGUCGCUGAAGGGAGUCGCUAAGUUAAAUGCAUAGGGACGGGUUUAAGUACUAAAUACGCCUCACACACGUACCAGACAUAUUUUCAAGGCUCGUGGCUCCACUGGAUACUAGCGGGGUGAGGGGGUGGGGGGGAGUCAGAAGUGUAGAAAUUAUGAAUAACUCAGGGUGAAUGAGAUGUGUUUUCGGGGGGAAAAAAAAUGCACGAAUGGGCGGGUUUUCUCACAAAUCGUUUUUUUGGCCCCCAAAUCUGCAAGACCAUGAAGGCUGAUGCGGUGUUAGAUCCUUUAGCAUCCUGCUGUACUUCCACUUUCCAUGAAGGACGCGCGUCUUUUCAUUCCAUUCCCGACCUUAGCCCUGCUUUCUGUCUGCUCUAUAAAAACGGGUGAGGAGGUGAAAAAGUACAUUAAAAAAAGCUAUAUAUUGUGUAAUGAUUUAGAAUGGCAGCACAAACCAAAAGAUGUCGUUCAAUCAUCAGAUGCGUAUAUUAGAAUAUAUUAUUGCUUUAGGUUGCAUUGAGAUUGAAAUAUUUGUCUUUAGUAAAUGCUUAUCUUAUCUAUGAAGCUUUACGUUGCCCCACGUGGGGUUCAUGUCGGUGUUACAUGUCACAGUGCAACACACACAUCAUAUUUGUGUGUCCGUACCAAAUGUCCCAUAUUGAUUUGGAAUCCCAAAACUAAGAUUUGCAAGCUUCUGUUUUGUUUUUCAUACGUAAGAAGGCGUGGCCGUCGAUACCCAGCAAUACCGUGUCCAAAAGCUCAGCGAGAAGGCUGGGAGUAUUUUUUAACACGCAUAACUUUUUUCAGCUCCCUCGUGCAGCUCGAGAUGCGAGAAAGAUGUCCAAGCUUAAGCCGGGCGUCUCGCGAGACAUUUGCAUAAUCCUUGGACCGAGGCCUUAAGUCUCAAGGCCUCGCUGGCAGAGUCGGAGUCACAUGUACAGUUUCAGAUGCAAAACGUUGACUUUUUAUCUUCUUGUUUGUUUCUGACUUACACUAAUGUGACCGUGUUGUUGGUGGUGGUAGUUUCUCUGUACGGAUCAUUCUGGAAUAACGGCAAGAGGACACGCCGACGCUCUUGUUUGUGCCCAUCCCCCCCAAAUAUGACUUAGUUGGAACAUUCCGUAACGUGCUGUUAUGUUUUCUUUUUCUCUCAGAAAGCCUACUUUUCUAACCAUGAAUGUAAGACGUGUGGGUUUUUAUAUAGCGUACUAAUUUAGGUGUCAAACACAAUCUGUAAUUUUGUCUAAAAGAUCAGCUAUAUUUGUAAGCUGUGAGAUGUAAAAAGGAGAAAAAACAGAAUGUGUUGGUUUAUUAUAGUAUAUAAAUAAAUAA